ACUUUGUGAAUAAUCGUAUUUCUAUACACAGGCAGUACUGACGCUGUGGUAUCCGUCGUGUGUAUCUACAGCUAGCAACACAAGCCAGAGUUUACAUGGGUUCUGUCUCCUGGGUCGAGUUGAGGACUAACCUGGUUUAUCUAAUACACGGCACAUCUUCCAACAUACAAUCACCUGCUGUUAAGAAUGUGGACACCAGCCAUGUACGUGACAACGCCGGGUGUGCUGCUCAUACUGUGUGUCGCUAGCAUCACAAGUCAGUCGAGGUUACAGGCUUUGAAAAAUGACUUCCUAGUGAAAAAUUUGACAAAAUUCCAGUUAACAGAGAAAAUCAAGCAACAGAUUCUGAUCCAUCUAGGCAUGAACACUCGACCCACGUCAGCCCCUGACGACAAAGACAAGAUCUAUCGAAUGUACAAUGUGACGGGGACGAAAGCAGAAAUUAAUGAGAUUAUCAGCUUUUCUGAGCCCCCAGAUAAGUUUGAAGAUGAGAAAAUUAUUCAGUUUCGUUUUGCAAAAGGAACCAAAGGAAAGCGACUCAUUGUGAAAAGUGCCAGUCUUCUGAUCAGAGUCAAGAAUAAGCAACAUGGGGGAGUGAAGACCAGAAAAGACAGUCAUUUGAGGAUGAAAACACAGAACUUCAAAAGACGUAAACGGAGACGGGGAACCAGGGUCUCCUUGUCUGUCUCCACCGUGACACCUGAUGGUCGUCCUGAAAAAAAACAUCGCAGCAGUCAAAUCAAGGAUAAAGAAAAACAAAUGGUUCAAAGUAAAUCUAAAUAGAACUAUAAUGCAGUCGUUAGUGGACUCUUCUAACGGCACCGUGUUGCUGUACGUCC